CUGUCAGUAAUGAGUGCCACUGCUCUUCAGUAGCUCAGCUGGACUGUCAUCUCACCAUGUUUUUCCAAUGGAAACUGGUCAUAUUGAUACUUGCACUGAGUCUUCAGGGUCAAGCUCGUGCAGGAAAAAUCUCUGGAGGCCACGAGGCUGUCCCUCAUAGCAGGCCAUACAUGGUGAUUGUGGAGCAACACAUGGAGGAUGGUAAACCAAAAUACUGCGAUGGAUUCCUUCUGAAUGAGGAUUUUGUGAUGACAGCAGCCCACUGCCAAGCAAAGUCCUACACAGUCCAUCUAGGAGUUCACAACUUCCAAGACAAUAAAGAAGUACAGCGUAUAUCUGUGGAAAAAGCAUUUCCACAUAAAGACUACGAUGCUGUUAAUCAUAAAAAUGACAUGAUGCUUCUUAAGUUGAAGUCCAAGGCAAAUCUCAACAAAAAUGUGAAACCCAUUGCUCUUGCAAACAAAGAUGAUGGCUCUCUGCCUAAAUCAUGUAUAGUGUCCGGCUGGGGAAGAAGCGACAGCAGUAAAUUUAUGUCUGUAAAGCUCAUGGAAGUCAAUGUAACACUCAUUGACAAUGAGAUGUGUGUUCAGAAUAAUUUGUACUGCUCUGAUGGAGCCGCUGGGCCGGAGAAGGGAGACUCUGGUGGUCCAUUGGUCUGCGAGGAUGGAAAGGCGUUCGGGGUGGUGUCCCACAAAUACCAUUCAGCGGCAGAUGGACUGCCUAUAAACUGCUAUACAAAGAUACCUGAGAACAUGAGCUGGAUCAAUUUGGCUGUGAAAACUGCAUGAAAAAUACCUAAUGCAUGUAACACGUGAUUGAUCAGAGCACAAUAUUUGAAUUUCAUUUGUAUUUCAGGUUUUUGUAGGUAUGUAACACUGCAGAACUGAAGUGCAAAAGAUUGAAAUGCUAGUAAUGCCACUGAUUCCAAGUCUGUACCUGCUUGCUUUACACAGAUUUAAUCAAAAUAUGCUUUGAUGAUAGCAAAUGAUUCAAGCCUUUAUAUGGAAAUCUUACACAGUAAAAAUAUAUGAUACACGUAUGUCUGCACUUCUCUGUUUGAACAAGAAUUAAACCAACAAAAAAGACAA